AUGCAGUUGGUUCUACGCCGGCUAACGGCAGCGUUGUUUUAUUUGGCAAGUUUGGCCCUGAUAGCAUAUGCCUUUCACAAUGGGAAUCUGAAAACGCUAUAUCUGGAACCGCUAUUGCUUUUAGAGUGUUUUAUUGCAUUGGGACUUAUCGCAUCCGACUUCCUAACGGCAUCGCUGUCGCAUAUAUCGAGCAACAUACUGCAGAUAUCUGAUAGGGUCUCUGGUUUAACGUUGUUGGCCCUGGGAAAUGCUGUGCCAGAUAUUACAAGUACCUAUCAAUCCAUGAAUGCAGGCGCAACGGCUCUGGCAUUGGGCGAACUAUUUGGUGGCAUCUUCUUUCUAUUGACAGUCGUACUGGGUUCAAUGGCUCUGGUGCGACCUGUCAAGCUAUGCCCACCACAAGUCAUACGAAAUUUGGCGCAAGAUUUAGAGCACAAUCUCAAGUUUGAGGAGGGAACUAUCCUCUACAGCAGAGCAGAGUUCAUUCAGGAUAUUUCUAUAUUCGCUGGCUUGGUGCUACUAUCAGCCAUCUUUUUGGCCGAUGGGCACUUGAUGUUUUGGGAAUGUGCAGUUAUGGUUCUGUUAUAUUGCAUCUAUGCUGCCUAUUUGGUUUUAUAUCACAAGGGCCCCGUGGAGGAUACAGACCAGGACGCACUCUUCGAGACUGGUGAGUCUGCUUCCGAUCUGUCAACAGUAAUCUCCAACACAGAAAGAGCUUGCCAGCAUGAGGGCAACAUCACGCUUUUCAACAAUGGGAUUCAGGAAAGGAGGGCGAACAUCAGGCGUAGAAUCCGCAGUUAUCUCAGGUCGAAUUAUAACGGCUGGGUCCGCAUUACAUUGAGAGACUGUUUGGAUAUAUGGGAGAACGAAGGUCGUUUACAAAGCCCAGAGCCUCCUACCGAGGAGAACCAAGGUUUCCUUGAGCGGCCUAGCCUAGAUGAUAGCGAAACCUCACCACUGGUACGGCGUGCAUCCUCGCUUCAAGACGUGAGACAAUUGCCUUCGGUACAUGUCUUUGAGGAGCAAGCAAGUCCUCCCGCUUCCUCUUCGCGGAGAUUAGCGGAGGAUGACUCGCUACUGGGCGUAUACGGUAGACCAUUUACUCAGAAGUCUUUGAGUUGCGAUCACAUACCUGGCGUCUUCAGCUCCGUCCAGGGAUGUUCGAAUCUGGAGAGCCAGCUGGUGCCAUCCCAAGAGCCAACAAUCAGGACGUGGCCUCGCGACUUCAAGUUGUUCGCUUACUUGACCGACUGUAAUAUGUGUCUACCGACUACGGAAUACAUUGCACUUCUUUUCACCACCCCGGUUGCUUUUACGUUAUGCCUCCUGAUACCCUAUCUGCAUCAUAAGAACGGAAACGGCAGCUUUCACGCCGCUGAAAUACUCCGGUUAACCCUGUUGCCUUACGUUUUAUCAUUCUUGUUAAGUGAUUCAACUUCCCUGCCGCAUCCGUACUGGUUGUUUGGCCUGUCAUUAACUUUAUUCUGCAUUUUGACGUACAGAAAGGUACGGUCAAUUUCACGCUAUAAUGCAAGCUUCCUGGCAAUAGCAGGUUUCAUUUCGUGCAUAUCUAUCAUUUGCUUCUGUGUUCACAUCGUGGUGAUGACUCUAACUGAUUGGGCGGACAAUUUCAACAUCUCUGGUAGCAUACUCGGCUUAACUGUCUUUGCCUGGGGAAAUAGUCUGGGAGAUUUAGUUUCAAAUGUUGUGUUCGUUCAAAUUGGAAUCCUCGACCUGGCUCUGGGAGCCUGUUUUGGAAGUCCACUUCUCUAUUUCGUCUUUGGCGUUGGCAUUGAUGGUAUGCUGCUGAUCUUGAAAAGCAGGAAAAGCUGCGACAAGCCGCUUUAUGCCUGUCAAAUAGAUUACGAGCCCGAUUCAAGUUUAGGCUUCAGUGGUCUGGGUAUAGUGCUGGCUUUCCUCAUAUUCGCGGUGGCCGUUCCUCUAAAUCAUUGGCAGAUCGAUGGAAAAAUUAGCAUGUUGUUGCUUGUUCUGUAUGCCGCGGUAAAUGGAUAUAAUGUACUCCAGGAGCUUUUUUAA